CUCGAACAAUUAUUAUUUAUGAUAAUGACAAAUGAAAAUGCAUAUCCAUAGUUUAAAGACAGUCAGAUAAUCAAAUUUUGAUUUAAACCCAAUAUAGAUGGUAAAAUAGUGAAUUUUUAAUAUGAAUUUCUGCCGAAUUUCAUUUGAAAUCAAGCUUCAGUUCAAGGUAACUUGGAGAAUGAUUAAUUCCAUCUUUGUUUUGUCCAAUGAAACCAUGGAGAUCAGUCUUUUGCUGAUCAUCUCUUCACAAUAACAAACUCUUAGCUUCUCUAAUUUUAUCAAACAAUAGAUUGUUCAUUUGAUUAAUUUUAUUCGUUGAAAUGUCAAAAAUUGAUUUGCACCCAAAUAAGGAAGAGAUUGACGAUGAAGAAGAUGAUGACGAUGAAGACGAUGAGGAAGAGGAUGGAGAAGAUGAAGAUGAACAGGCCGAAAUAGUUGGGGCUUAUGAUCCUCAAGAAUUCAAGGAUUUGAGAGUUUCUUCAGAAGUCAGAAAUUUAUUUAAUUAUAUAACUCUUUACUCUCCUCAAAUCAUCGACUUGGACAUGAGAUUGGAACCUUUUAUUCCCGAUUAUAUACCUGCUGUCGGAGAUAUUGAUGGUUUCAUUAAAGUACCAAGGCCGGAUAAGGUCGAUGAUAGUUUGGGCUUAACAGUUAUUGAUGAACCUUCUUCUCGAAAUCAAUCGGACCCAGCUCUAUUGAAUUUAAAGUUAAGGACGAUGGGUAAAGAAGUCACUGUGAAGCAAUCAGGUUCAGAAACUAUCAAGACGGCAAAUUCAACCAAAGAUAUUGAUUCAUGGAUUGAUUCAAUAAAACUUUUACAUGAAACGACUGCUUCGAUAGCGACAAAUAUACCAUUGAUUUCCUCAGCUCGAUUACCAGAUGUUGAACAGUUGAUGCAAGAAUGGGAUCCAUCAGUUGAAUCGGCUCUUUCCAAUUUCAAUUUACCAACGGCAGAAUUGGAUGUCACUCUUGAUCAAUAUGUUACAAUAAUUUGUUCUCUUCUGGACAUCCCUAUCCAUCAGUCAAAAAUUGCUUCACUGCAUCUACUUUUCAAUCUCUAUUAUGAGUUUCAAAAUUCCCAGCACUUCAAACAAAUUUGAUCAACACCAAUGUAAUCCUUUGGACACGUCUUUCAAUGACUUUUAAAUCGAUUCCAAAAAGUUUCUGACACUAUCAGUUUCACGUUUUAACCAAUCAUCUUGUGUUUUUAUCAUUUCCAAACUUCGAAGAACCACUUUUUCAUGGCCAGAGAAAGAAUUUUGUGUGAAAAAUGAUUCAACUUCUUUGUAUUUUUCUUCAGAAGCAAAACCAUUAGUAAGAUGUUCAAUCAAGGAUGCAUUAGCCAUAUGAGAACCAUAUCUUCUUUUAAA